AUUAGAAUUUUUAUGUAUAUUCACACUUUAAAUAGUUAUUAUCAUCUAAUCAUUAUUAUUUUACGAGUAUUUGAAUGCUGUUGGAAAUGGUGUUUGCAAAAUGCUGUUGAGUCAAUCUCAGUCUCAAUCACAGUCUCAAACAGAUGAAGUUUUAGCACCUCGCUAUUAUCCAUUGGCUUUGGAACCAAAAUCGAAAUGGAAAAAAACGAAAAUCAAAUACCGUAAGCUUUGUUUCUCUAACUCUCAAACAAAAUAUGGAGUUAAGGGGAAAACAAUCUACAGCGUUAUUAUAAAAAAUUCCCGAUGUAUUAAGCAAGACCUUAAAGAAUGUGAUGAUCACAAACACUUCUUGAAAUUACUAGAUGACAUAAUUCCUAACGCAUACUUUGGAUCACGAUCAAAUAGAAGAAGAUUUUACAAAGUGGUCGCCAAGAUAUUAACGCAAUCGCAACACGAGUGCAUUUAUACGUCUCUGUUAUGCGAAAAUUACAAUUAUGAAAAAAUAUUAUGGCUACAAGAUGCACCCAAUGUCAAGAAAGUGUUUCUGCAUUAUAACAAACGAAUUUUGGAUCAUGUAAUAAAACCACUUGUAAGUCACUUUUACCACCCUUCGUAUUCAACUAAAUCGUAUAAUGUCACAUUUUAUAAAAGACGUGUAUGGAAAAAAUUUUACGACAAAAACAUACAUAUAUUUUUAAAACAAAAGAAUCUAAUACCUGUAGACUCAGUAGACGCCACACCGGGCUUCUUGAGGUUGAUUCCGAAAACGAAUUGCGAAACUUUAGAAUGUAGGCCGAUAAUAAUGCACCCAAAAUCGCAAUAUAUUGACCAAAAUUACAUAAAAGGGUUGCGUAAAAAAAUUUACGCAAUUGCAAAUAAUAAUUUUUGUCAUGGGGAUUUAUAUCAAUCAUGGAUCACCUUUGUGAAUAAAUACAUAAGUAAAGGUGAUAUAAUAUAUGGCAUGAAACUUGACAUAAAAGAUGCAUUUGGAAUAAUAGAUAUUGAGGAGUUAUUAUUAAUGAUAGAUGCAACUGACCUCGAUGAUUUUGACAAAGACUACAUUAACAAAACAUUAAAUUCAAGAUACGUGACAAGAAAGACCAAUAAGGGCAGAGUUCAAUAUUAUAAGUGGACUCGUGGUUUGGUACAAGGUGACCAUUUAUCCGCUGCUUUAUGUGAAUUAUAUAUUACUUAUCAUGAGAAGUUGUUUCUAGAAAGUCUUCCGAAGGACAAAAUUUUUAUGCAUAGAACAGUUGAUGAUUAUAUAUUUUGUUCACCUGUCAGAUUAUUGGCCCACAAGUUUGAAUCUAUCAUAUUGGCUGAUUAUAAAGUGAAUGAGAGCAAAAAAUUGUUCAUAAUAUCUAAUAGAGAUUAUCCUGUUAUACCCUACAAUGGUCACUUAUUUAAUGUGCUCACAGGAGAAAUACGUAAGUAUUAUAAAAUUCAAGAUUCAACUAUGAAAGACAGAAUUAAAUUAUGGAACUUAAAGAGACAAGUGGUGCAAAAUAAAAAUAUAAUAUUACUACAACGUGCAAUGUUAUUCUCCUACAACAGACACGCCUUUCAUAAGUUGGAAUUAAGUACGCAUUUUAAUUCGUUAAAAACUGUUUUGAAAAAUGUAUUUGAUGGAUUUGUGUUUAUUGCCCUUAAAUUUCAAACUAUAGUAUUGAUCUUAAAAGAUUAUAAUCCAGAUUCAAGUUUCUUUGAGUCCAGUUUGUUAGACGUUUUGAGAACGUACACUAAAAAAAUAUUUUUUAGAAUUCAAAAUGGUAAAGGCCCUUUAUAUGAAGAAUUAAAAUAUUCCUUAAUAGUUGGAGUUGCAUGCCGAGCUUUUAUUUUAGUAUUCAGAAAGAAGAAUGUGUUCUUUAAAGACGCCAUCAGUUUACUAAAGAGACCAAACAGUAUAUGCAAAGACGUCAAUAAUAAAAUAUAUUUAGGGUCUAAUAAAACUACAUAUUUCGAUAAAAUUCCAGAAUAUUUUGAUAAAAUACCACAACCUAGAGUAAAAAUUCGAUAAACUGGAAAUAAUUCUCUAUUUUUAAUUAUUUUUAAUUUAAACCCAUUUUAUAUUUUUAUUAAAAGAUGUUUGUUUAUUUAUGUUUUGUAUGUAUUUUUUGACUGAUUAUAUUUUUAUUUUCUGUUA